AUGUCUGAUCUUCGACAUACGGCAUACCUGGCCGAGAGAGACCUCAACAGCUACCAGAAGAAACAAGGAACCGGGAAACAAAGCGUCUCAGCCACCGAGUCUGGCGUCAACCAACAGGUCGAGAAAGACUUCCCUGGAUCCGAGGUACGAUACGGUGGAAGUGGAAGCAGGAAGAUCCCACCUGAAGAAGGUGGAGAUAUUGAUGCUCGCGGAAGAGUGACUGAAGCUCAUCACUUUGAGGGCCCCGGCGGCCCCGAGGAUAAAAUUAACAGAAUUUCGGAGCAGCGUCCAGGCGAUGAUGGUGUUCCUGUGCGAAGAACAAACUUUUGA